AUGCUGGGCUUUGAGGAUGUGAUUGAUCUGUUCAGAGGGCGUGAGUUCGAUUCGAUUGAUCUGUUCAGAGGGCGUGAGUUCGAUUCGAUUGAUCUGUUCAGAGGGCGUGAGUUCGAUUCGAUUGAUCUGUUCAGAGGGCGUGAGUUCGAUUCGAUUCAGAACACUUCAGUGCAAAAUCUUUGA